UUUUGUGGCUUGAUAGCUCAUUCCUUAUUAUUGCUAAAUAAUAUUCCAUUGUUUGGAAUAUUUUGUCUACCUGUUAAUCUAUUAAAGGAUAUAUUGGUUGCUUAGUUUCCUGCUAUUUGUGUGUAGGAUUUAUGUCAACAUAGUUUUCAACUCAAUUGGGUAAAUACCUCGGAGUGUGAUUGUUAGAUUGUAUUUGUACAGGCAGUCAUCGAUUAUAAAUGAGUUCCGUUCCUAAGUGUGUGUCUUAAAUUGAAUUUGUAUGUAAGUCAAACAGUUAGGAGUGGUGGAUAUCUAAUGUCAGUUAAUGAAACGUUUGUCUUAGUGUUUAGUGUGCCUUUCUAUGCAUUAAAAAAAUUAAACAAUUCCAGAUACACUAAAACAUCUUUUACCUAAUAAGACAGUAAUAACGUUUUGAUGGGUGUUGCAAGGUAGCGCCUGUUUGUUAUUACAAACCACUGUGUGUACCUCAGUUUUUUAAUAUAAUAGGCUUUACAUGGGUUCGUUUAUAACUACUGGUUGUACUUAAGUCGGAAGUUUGUAACCCAGGAACUGCCUGUAUUUUCUAGGGUAGGGCUGCUGAGACAGUAUUCACAAACAGAGAGGCUUCCUAAGAACAGAAAUUUAUUGUCUCAUAAUUCUGGAGGUUGGGCGUCCAGGAUCAGCGUGUUGGCCUUGUUGAUUACUUCUGAGGCUUUGAGAAAGAGACUGUCCCAUACCUCUAUCCCAUCUUCUGGUAGCUCUAGGAGUUCCUUAGCAUGUAGCUGCAGUGUCACAUUGCAUCUCUCCUAUUUCUCUCUCUCUCUCUCUUAUGACGACAAUACUCUGAUUACAACCCGCUGUACUCUGGUAUGACCUCAUGUUAAAUCGAAUGAUCAUGUUCAUAGGUAGAGGGGUUAUAAGGACUUGAAUAUGUCACUUUGGGGAACACAAUUCAAUCCAUAACAUAUGGUAAGACUAUGUUUAACUUUUAAGAGACUGCCAGACUGUCUUUCAAAGUGGCUGUACCAUUUUACAUUGAUUCCAGCAAUGAAGGAGCAUUCCUGUUGCUCCUCGUAGUCCUCAGCAUCUUUGUUGAAGUAUCUUCAGAUCUUUUGCCUAUUUUUAAAUUGACUUUUUUGUUUUCAUAUUGUUGAGUUUAAAAACAUUUUUGUGUAUUUUGGAUACCAAGUCCUUUAUCAGAUUUGUGUUUUGAAAACAUUUUUCUCGGUGUGUGACUUAUCAUUCUCUUGACAGUGUCUUACGUAGUGCAGAAGUUUUUAAUUUUAAAAAAGUCCAACUUACCAGUUGUUUUUUAAAUUUAUAUUACGUGACUUAAAUGUUUGGUGUUACACCUGAGAAGUCAUUGUCAAACCCAAGGUUACCUAGAUUUUCCGUUAUGUCACCUUCUAGAAGUUGUAAUUUUGCAUUUUACAUUUAGGCCUGUGAUCCAUUUUGAGCUAAUAUUUGUGAAGACUGUAUGCUUUCUGUCUAGGUUCUUUUUUUUCUUUUUGCAUAUGAUGUCAUUGUUCAUAUAUCAUUUUUGGAAAGGACUGUCUUUUCUCCUGUACGUUAUCCUUGCUCCGUUAUUAAACAUGAGUUGGCGGACUACAUUUGUUUAGGCUCAUUUCUGGGCUGUCUCUUGAUUUAGUUUUCCUUUGUUACUCCAAUAUCACACUGUCCUGGUUAUUGUGACUUUAUAGUAAAUUGUGAAAUUGGGUGCUGUCCUCCAACUUUCUUAUGUUCUUCAGUAGUGUGUUGGUUAUUCUGGUAUUUUUCCUUUCCAUAUAAACUUUAGAAUCAAGUUCAUCAAUAUCCACAAAAUAAAUUGCUGGAAUUUUAAUUGGGAUUGAGCUGAAUCUGUAGGUCAAGUUGAGAAGAACUGGCAUCUUAACAAUAUUAAAUCUUCCUAUAUAUGAACAUGGAUUUUCUUUGUGCUUAUUUAUAUCUUUGGUUUCUUUCAUCAGAGUUUGUCAUUUUCCUCAUAUAGAUUCUAUACAUAUUUUUUAGAUUUAUACCUAAGUUUUUUUUUUGGUGCUAAUGUAAAUGGGAUUUAAAUUCUGGUUGGUGAUUGCCUGUAUAUAGAAAACUAGCAGACUUUUUUCUCUAAUUAACCUUAUGUCCUGCAUCCUUGCUAUAAUUGGUUAUUAGUUCCAGGAUUUUUUAUUUUUUUUUGAUUCUUUGGAAUUUUCUACAUAGACGAUUAUGUCAUCUGUAAAGACAGUUCUUAUUUUUUCUUCCUAAUCUGUAUACCUUUUCUUUUCUUGUCUAAUUGCUUUAGCUAGGACUAGUAUUGACUAGAUGUGGUAGGAGGGAGUAUAUAGACCUUGUUUUUGAUCUCAGUGGGGAAACAUCUAGUUUUGCACCAUUAAGUUUGAAGUUGUAGCUGCACUUUUUUGGUAGAUGUUCUUUUUAUCAAAUUGAGCAAGUUCCCCUCUAAAUUUGCUGUAUUUAUCAUGUAUGGGUCUUGGAUUUUGUCAAAUGCUUUUUCUGCAUCAGUUGAUAUGAUAAGAUUUUUCUUCUUUAGCCUUUUAAUGCAGUAAACUAAUUAUUUUGAAUGUUGAACCGGCCUAGCAUUCCUGUGGUAAAUCCCACUUGGUCGUGGUGUAUAGUUCCUUUUAUACAUUGUUGGAUUUGAUUUGCUUGUAGUUUGCUGAAGAGUUUUGCAUUUAUAUUCAUGGGUGACGUUGGUGUCUGUAGUUUUCCUUUCUUACACUGUCUUUACCUCUGUGAGGGCAGUGGUGGUUCAGUGGUAGAAAUCUUGGCUUCCAUGUGAAGACCUGGGUUUGACUCCUGGCCAGCGUACCUCAUUUGCAGACUCCACCCAUCUAUUAGUGGAGUGUUGCAUGUUCCUAUGAUGCUAAAAGGCUUCAGUAGAGCUUCCAGACUAAGACAGAUUAGGAAGAAAGGCAUCUAGUUUUGGUUUUAGGGUAAUGCUGACCUUAGGAUGAGUUAGGAAGUGUUCCUUCUGCUUCUUUUUUUUCUGGAGAUGAUGAGAAUUGGUGUCAUUUCUACCCUGAAGUGUUAGAAAACACGGAUGAAACCAUCUGGCGUGUGUUCUGUUUUGGAAGGUAUUAGUUGAUGAUUCAAUUACUUUAAUAGCUGUGGAUUGGUUAUUUUUCUCCAUGUGUGGGUGUUUGAUAGUUUGUGUCUUUCAAAUAAUUGUCCAUUUCAUCUAAGUUAUCAAAUUUGUGGGCAUAGUAUUGUUUAUAAUAUUCCUUUAAUGUCCUCUCAAUGUCUAUGGGAUACUGUUAAAAAAAAUUAUUCAACAGACUGAACUUUUAUUUUUAAAUUGAUUAUAUUCAGACAAUUGUGCCGCAGAGUUCAAAGCCCCAGCAACCUGAAAUUCAUAGAUAAUUCUCUACACUACAGGAUCUAUGUGGUUUGGGCAUGUUUUAAUUCACCUUGACUUCAUUUGUAAAUUUAUUUAUUUAAUAAUAUUUUUGGAGAAAGUUUACCCAGUAAAUUAGGUUACCUUUUAACAGUUUCUAUACAUAUUGUUCAAUGACAUUGGUUAAAUUUCUCACAAUAUGUCAGCAUUCUCAUUUCCAUUUUAAUUGUGUCUGUUUCCAUUAAUCUAGUGUCCCUGACCCUUUUUACCUGCUCAUUUUUGCUUUAGGUUAACUGGUAACCGGUUGGUCUCACGGGGAUGAUUUCUUAAAGGAGCACAGCACUCACGGGUGGUACUGUUUAUUUCAUGAGCCAGUCGUUACUUAGCUGAAAGGUGACCUUUGGAGGAGUAGUUUUCAGUUCAGAGUUUAAGGGGCAUCUCAGGGCAAUAGUCUUGUGGGUUCCUCUAGUCUCAACUGCUCCGGUAAGCGCCUUUUUUAAGAUUUUGAGUUUUGUUUUAUAUUUUUCUUCUAUCUGGUACCAUCUUUCAUAUCCCUGGUCAGAAUAGUCGGUAGUGGUAGGCAGGGCCACCGUAGACUAUUAGUCCUGUAGACUAGUUUCUUCUUUGAGCAUUUGGCUUUCUUUCUGUUUUGCUCUGGACAAGUAGUCACCAAUAGUUGUAAUUUUAGAUGGUCACUUGCAAGCUUUUAAGACCCCAGAUGCUACUUACCAAGCUAGGAUGUAGAACAUAAAAUUUUAUGAACUAUAUUAUGUGCACUGACUGAAUUGCUCAACAAGUGUAUGGUCCUAAGCCUUUGAACCCAGUAAACCAAUCUCACAAGGUGUUUGGUUAUGUCUAGGAAGUAUCUGUAACUGUGCCUCCAUGUUCUUUAUUAUAUUUAUGAAUAUGUAUGCAGUACACAUUUACAUGGAUAUACAUAGGCCUACAGGUAUACGCGUACACCUACUCUUACAAACUGUCUCAUUAUCUGACAUUUCACAUUUACAACAAUAGUUAAAUAUCUACGAUCUGACUAUUUUGUGCAUUAAUGAGGGGGUCUCCAGGUGGCCUCUGGGUAGCUGGGCCUGGCUGCCCUGUGUUCUGUACUCCCUCUGUAGCUCAAAAUUGCUGUGGGGUGGGAAGGGAGGAGAGAAGAAGUAUGGGAGAGAGUGUUUGCAAGAAAUGCAUGCUGGUUUAAUGACAUCCCAAAGUGGGGUGAACUGGGCCUGAAACUAGUGCCUCAGGGGGCUGAGUGAACAGCCAGACUCCCAGCACCCUUGCAGGAAGCCCUGAGCCUUGGUGACUUCCCAGGCCUUGAGGGCAGAGCAGGCUCCAGAAUCAUGAAUGCAGGACUUGCAGGGGUGGGAAUGGAGCCCUGGAGGCAGCCUUUGAGGGAAGCUGUGACCUAGCACAAAAACCCUCAAUUUUUGCAUAAUGUCAACUUUUGCAUAAAGAUUUGGUCUUUGUAUCCCAACCAUGUCAAUAAGUGAGGAGUGGGUGUGCAUGCACAUGUGUAUACAAACAUAUACCUUCCUAUACACAUGUGCAUGCAUAUUUACCUAUGUAAUCAUGUACAUAUUUUUAGUUGUUUUUGCAAAAUUGUAGGUUAUAACCCAUUGGCGUCGAGUUAAUUCUGAUUCAUAGUGACCCUAUAGGACAGAGUAGAACUGCCCCAUAGGGUUUCCAGGAAGUGGCUGAUAGAUUUGAACUGUGGGAUAGCAGCUGAGCUUUUAACCGCUGUGCCACCAGGGCUGUUACAGCAUUUAUCAAAAACGUAUGGCAUUAUUUCUGGUACCAGUAAUUUACACCCUGUCAUUUCAAUUUUAUUAUUUCUAUUCUAAUUUUUAUUAUUCCUUUUCUUUGCUUGUAUAGAUUUUUAUUGCUGCUCAUUUUGGAGUUUCCUAAGGUAGAAACUUAAAUUACUGAUUUUAAAUCUUUCUUUUUUUUUGUGAUAAGUCAAUGCUAUAAAUUUUCCUCCAAGCACUGUGUUGGCUACAUUCCACAAAUUUUGAUAAGUUGUAUAGUAAUUUUCAGUUCUCUGGAGAUAUUUUCUUUCACCCAUGUGUUAUUUAGAAGUGUGUUAUCUUUUGUGCUCAACUCUUAACCUAAAUUAAUAGGUUCAAACCCACCCAAUAAUACUGCAGAAGAAAGACUUAGUGAUCUGCUUCUGUUAAGAUUACAGCCAAGAAAACCCCAUAGAGCAGUUCUGCUCUGUAACAGAUGGAGUCACUGUGAGUCAGAAUUGUCAGGACUGUUCCUUCUUCUCUUCCCUUUCUGGUAUACCCAUUGCAUCUAUGUUACAGCUUUCGUAAUUGUCCCGCAGUUCUUCAAAAUCCUGAUUGGUUUUUCUUCUGGCUUUAUCUCUCUACAUUUUAGUCUGGAAAGUUUCUAUUGACACUUCUUCAAGUUCUCUGAUUUUUUUCCCUUGGCUGUGUCUGUUUGUUGACUAGUCUGUCAAAGGUAUUUUUCAUUUAUAUUGCAGUGUUUUUGAUUUUUAGCAUUUUUUUCUUUUUUUAUUCUUGGAGUUUGCAUCUCUGUGCUUCUAUUAUUCAUCUGGUCUUGCAUGCUAUCUACUUUUCCACUAGAGCCCUUGACAUAUUUAUCAUAUCAAAAAACAACCACCCAUUGCUGUCAAGUUGAUUCUGACUCAUAGUGACCCUAUAGGGCAUAGUAGAACUGCCCCAUAGGGUUUCUAAGGAAUGGCUGGUGGAUUUGAACUGCCUACUUUUUGGUUAGCAGUUGAACUCUCAAUCAGUGUACCACCUAGGCUCCCUCAUAGUGAUUUUAUAAUUCUUUAUAUGAUAGUUCUCACACCUGUGUCAGAGCUGAGUCUUAUGAUGCUUGCUGUCUCCCUUCAGAAUUUUUUUCCCUUUCGGCCAUGUUUUGUAAUUUUGUGUUGGAAACUAGACAUGAUGUAGCUUGUAAUAGAAAGGGGGGCAGUAAGGCUUUUGGUGUGAGGUUUUAUGUUAAUUUGUGUAGUUGUAGAGCUUGAAGCAUUUAUUGAUGAAGAUGAAAGACUAUAGUCUUCAGUAUGGAUAAUACCUUAACAUAAAGAAAACAAAUCCUCACAGCAGAAAUGAUAAGCAACAUCAUGGUAAAUGGAGAAAAGAUUGAUGUUGUCAAGGAUUUCAUUUUACUUGGAUCCACAAUCAGUGCCCAUGGAAGCAGCAGUCAGGAAAUCAAGACAUAUCACAUUGGGCAAAUCUGCUGCAAAAGACCUUUUUAAAGCAUUAAAAAGCAAAAAUGUCAGUUUCAGAACUAAGGUGUGCCUGACCCAAGCCAUGGUAUUUUCAGUUGCCUCAAAUACAUGCAAAAGGUGGACAGUGAAUAAGGAAGACAAAGAAGAAUUGAUCUGUUUGAACUAUUGUGUUGGUGAAGAAUAUUGACUAUACCGUGGACUGCCAGAGGAAUGAACAGAUUUGUCUUGGAAGAGUACAGCCAGUGUGCUCCUUGUAAGCAAGGAUGGCGAGACAUCAUCUCAUGUACUUUGGACAUGUUAUCAGGAGGGACCAGUCCCUGGAGAAGGACAUCAUGGUUGGCAAGAGAUGUGAACUAUGUCCCCAUAAAGAUGGAGCUUUAAAAAGAACAGACAAUGGGGGUUGGGCUCAUGUGGUUUGUGCCCUGUAUAUUCCAGAGGUACAAUUUGCCAAUGUUUCUACAAUGGAACCAAUUGUUUUACAGUCUGUUCCACAUGAUCGUUAUAAUAAGACUUGCUACAUUUGUGAUGAACAAGGAAGAGAAAGCAAAGCGGCUACUGGUGCUUGCAUGACAUGUAACAAACAUGGAUGUCGACAGGCUUUCCAUGUAACAUGUGCUCAGUUUGCUGGACUACUUUGUGAAGAAGAAGGUAAUGGUGCAGAUAACGUCCAGUACUGUGGCUAUUGUAAAUACCAUUUUAGUAAACUGAAAAAGAGCAAACGGGGAUCUAAUAGGUCAUAUGAUCAAAGUUUAAGUGAUUCUUCCUCUCACUCUCAGGAUAAACAUCAUGAGAAAGAGAAAAAAAAAUAUAAAGAAAAAGACAAACAUAAACAAAAACACAAGAAGCAACCCGAGCCAUCACCUGCAUUAGUUCCAUCCUUGACUGUUACUACAGAAAAAACUUAUACAAGCACUAGCAGCAACUCCAUGUCAGGAUCAUUGAAGCGCUUGGAAGAUACCGCAGCACGAUUUACAAAUGCAAAUUUCCAGGAAGUCUCUGCCCAUGGCUCUAGUGGAAAAGAUGUUUCAGAGGCUAGAGGGUCAGAGGGCAAAGGGAAGAAAUCUUCAGCUCACAGCUCAGGUCAAAGGGGAAGAAAGCCUGGUGGUGGAAGAAACCCAGGAACAACUGUGUCAGCAGCUAGUCCUUUUCAGCAAGGCAGUUUUUCAGGAACUCCAGGCAGUGUAAAAUCAUCUUCUGGAAGUUCAGUACAGUCUCCCCAGGAUUUCUUGAGCUUUACAGACUCAGAUCUACGUAAUGACACUUACACUCACUCCCAACAGUCAUCAUCAACCAAAGAUGUACAUAAAGGAGAGUCUGGAAGCCAGGAAGGGGCGGUAAAUAGUUUUAGUUCCUUAAUUGGUCUCCCUUCAACCUCAGCUGUUAUUUCACAGCCUAAAAGCUUUGAAAAUUCACCUGGAGAUUUGGGUAAUUCCAGCCUUCCUACAGCAGGAUAUAAACGGGCUCAAACUUCUGGCAUCGAAGAAGAAACUGUGAAGGAAAAGAAAAGAAAAGGAAAUAAACAAAGUAAGCAUGGACCUGGUAGACCCAAAGGAAACAAAAAUCAAGAGAAUAUUUCUCACCUCUCAGUUUCCUCUGCUUCACCAACAUCGUCUGUCGCAUCAGCUGCAGGGAGUGUAACAAGCUGUAGUCUUCAGAAAUCUCCUACAUUGCUCAGGAAUGGAAGUUUACAAAGUCUUAGUGUUGGCUCAUCUCCAGUUGGUUCAGAAAUUUCCAUGCAGUAUCGGCAUGAUGGAGCUUGUCCAACAACUACUUUCUCAGAGUUGCUGAAUGCAAUACACAAUGGUAUUUAUAACAGCAAUGAUGUAGCAGUAUCAUUUCCAAAUGUAGUAUCUGGCUCAGGAUCUAGUACUCCUGUUUCCAGUUCUCAUUUACCUCAACAAUCUUCUGGUCAUUUGCAACAAGUGGGAGCUCUUUCUCCCUUAGCCACAUCUUCUGCAACCACUGCUGUUGCUGCAACUCAGGCAAAUACCCUAUCUGGAUCUUCUCUUAGUCAGGCACCAUCUCAUAUGUAUGGCAAUAGGUUAAAUCCAAAUUCAUCAAUGGCAACUCUUAUAGGUCAAUCUGAAAACAGUCAAACAGAUCAAGAUCUUGGAGACAAUAGCCGCAGCCUUGUUGGCCGGGGAAGCUCACCCAGAGGAAGUCUCUCACCACGAUCCCCUGUAAGCAGCUUACAGAUUCGCUAUGAUCAACCAGGCAACAGCAGUUUGGAAAAUCUGCCUCCAGUAGCAGCAAGCAUAGAACAGCUUUUAGAGAGGCAGUGGAGUGAAGGACAGCAAUUUUUACUAGAACAGGGUACCCCUAGUGACAUUUUAGGAAUGCUGAAGUCAUUACACCAACUUCAAGUUGAAAAUCGAAGAUUAGAGGAACAGAUUAAAAAUUUGACUGCCAAAAAAGAACGCCUUCAGUUAUUGAAUGCACAGCUUUCAGUGCCUUUUCCAACAAUAACAACAAAUCCUAGUCCAUCUCAUCAAAUACAUGCAUUUUCAGCACAGGCUGCUCCUACUACUGAUUCCUUAAACAGCAGUAAGAGUCCUCAUCUAGGAAACAGCUUUUUACCUGAUAAUUCUCUUCCUGUGUUAAAUCAGGACUUAACCUCCAGUGGACAAAGCACCAGCAGUUCAUCAGCUCUUUCUACCCCCCCUCCUGCUGGGCAGAGUCCCGCUCAGCAAGGCUCAGGAGUUAGUGGAGUUCAGCAGGUCAAUGGUGUGACAGUGGGGGCGCUAGCUAGUGGAAUGCAGACUGUACCAUCCACCAUUCCUGCAGUGCCUGGAGUGGGUGGAAUAAUUGGAGCUUUGCCAGGUAGCCAACUGGCAAUCAAUGGCAUUGUAGGAGCUUUAAAUGGGGUUAUUCAGACCCCUGUCACAAUAUCUCAGAACCCUGCCCCCCUCACCCACACAACUGUACCACCUAAUGCAGCACAUCCAAUGCCAGCUUCACUGACAAACAGUGCCUCAGGACUAGGAUUACUUUCUGACCAGCAAAGACAAAUACUUCUCCAUCAGCAGCAAUUUCAGCAGCUGUUAAAUUCUCAACAGCUCACACCAGAGCAACAUCAAGCCCUUCUGUAUCAGUUGAUGCAGCACCAUCACCACCAGCAGCACCACCAGCCCGACCUGCAGCAGAUCCAGGUCCCCGGCCCGACACAGAUACCCGUGAACAACCUCCUUGCGGGCGCUCAGGCAGCGCCACUUCACACAGCUGCCGCCAACCCGUUCCUCACAGUCCACGGUGAGAAUACAAGUCAGAAGGUAACAAGACUUAGUGAUAAAACUGGGCCUGUAGCUCAAGAGAAAAGUUGACACUUGAGAAACAUCUAGAAAUUGCUUAUCCUGCUGUUCCAGCACUUCCUCUGGCUGCUGUUGAAGUCCUCUUUCUACACCUGUGAAGAAACGCGACAAGAAACGAACUGCACAACAAAGGGUUCAUUGCCACAAGGACGUUCUUGUAAGCUUUGACUCAUUUCCUUGUUGCUUUGUUGCACUGAAGUUAAAUUUCCCUAUCCCCCACUCCUCAGCUAGAUUUUUUAAAUUUUGAAAGAAAAUUCAAUAACUAAUUUUUGUCAGUGAAACAAUUUACAUGCAAUGAGUUUACCAACCUGAGAGAAAUUAUAUAGUUGAUGCGCACUAGUUUUGUUAUAAAUUGGAGAUAUGAAUAGCAAAACUGAAGACUUAUUCCAUUUACAAACUACUUGAUUUUAUUGUACAAAUUGGAAAAUGAAGUAAGAUCUUUUGUUUCGGUUAUUACAUGCUUGCUCUAUGAGUUAGAUCUUAAAUUUCAAAGAACUGCCCAACUUCUUUCUUUUUACUGAAGUUUUACUGAUUAAAUAUUUCAAAUAAAAUAGGUCAUCAACUGGGACUUGGCAGUCUUUGUUCUAAAAAUUUCCUUUCUAAUGGGAUUGGACCAAUUUCUGGUAAUCAAGUUAGGAUGGUAAUGUCUGCUUUUGCUAAAGGUAAUUUUCUGUUACUAAACGUAAUUUUCUAUCACUAAAUGCUUUUUCUUUUGUUUUAAGACCUACUCUUUUUUUUAAAGAAACCUUGAGUUAACUGAGUUCUAAAGCUGCUGGGGGAACCAGAUCAAUUCAAAGUCAAAGACUUCUUUCAAAAAAAGGGGCCACUCUGAGAACUACUGGUAGGGUUUGGCCUUAAUCAAGUGCCUGUUAGUACCUCCAUUGUGUUGAAAUGGCUCUAGACACCUGAGCUUGCACUAUAGUCGGUCCUUGUGAGUAGUAGGAAUAUUCAGUGUUGCACCAGCAGCCUUCCCCAUUGUUCUGCCUUUAUGAGAAACUUUCUAUGCCACUGUAGAUAGCUCAGGCAAAACUAUUACCUGGGUGUUUAUCCACUAAUGAGUCACAAGAAAAGUGAGUGGGUUUCGUAAGAAUAUAUACGAUUUUCAUUUAAACAUCUUCCCAUUACUGCCAGUGAUUAAAAAACAAACAAACAAAAACAAAACACCACCACUACCACAGUUAUUAAAGCGGGUAAAACCUGUAUUACAGCCUUUCUGCUUCAGGAAGCCAAGCUCCUGGUGUGACAGUCUGGCAGAGUAUAAAUUACACAAUCGGGGAUGUAAUCGUUGAGCUGUUCUGAAGUGUGUGAAUUAUUAGUGGAAAAGACCCAGCGGCAGUUAGACCUCCACUGUGUACUUAGCUGGCAGAACAUGGUAAUUCUGCAAUAUGUCUCUUGGUUAAACAUUGCACAGUUCUUACCUCAUUUCUGUAAAUAAAGUUUUGUGAAUCUGUUUUGUAUUGUGAAAAAUUCAUAAGAUAACAUUGAUAUUUUGAUUUGUAAUAUUUCUAAUUGGUACAUUUAAUUGAAAGUAAAAUUAAUUUAUUUUUAUAUGUUUGGGGGAAUUUUAAAGAAAGUCAAAUCUUUUGUAGAUAAUUAAAAAAAAAAUUCAGUGUGGUUUAUUUUACAACCCACUGGUGGUUAUUCUGUAACAAUCUGUAUAAAUGGUAAAUUUUGAAUGUGUUGUUAUUUUACCUAGGUGUAAAAUUCCACAUGUAUUAAAGAGACUGUACAAAGUUCUGUUAAUAAAAUUUAAUAAUGUUUAUAACUCUGUGCUAUGCUUGUUGGGUGAGGAUGACGCUCCAGGAGACCGCCGGAGCCUCUCCUGUGUGGUUUGUUUCAGUACUUUUGGUUGUGCCUUGUGUUUCGGAGCACCAGGGUAGUACCCGUCUGGCAUUAACUAAACUUGGCUCACGAGUAGUCACUGUACAGUGUGCAAAGCAGUGGUGCAGAGCAGCAGACCUUGUGUUCAGAGAUCUUAGACAAUGACUACAUGCAAGGGAAGAGCAGAUUCAGAACUGCUGUGAUGCAGAGAAGAGGGAAAUAAUCACAGUGGCAAUGUAAGGAACAUAAAUUCCAGGUGAGGAGAUAAUCAAUUAUAGCACAUUAAUAAAGUAGUAUUCAUACCUGAUAGAGAUUAAAUUCCUGUUGUUAGCUUUUCCCAGAAGCAUUAAAUGAAAGAAAAAUCCAAAUCUAUCACCUGGUUUUUGGGUCUUGGUAUGCAUUGGAAUCAUCUGUGGUGCUUUUCAAAAAUAAAAAUGCUCAGAUUUUAUCCUAGACUUAAAUGAGUCACAGUAUACUGGUCUGUAUAAUUUGCUCCUAGUAAUUAAGAGUUAGCACUGGUGGCACACUGGUUAAGUGCUCAGCUGCUAACUGAAAGGUUGGAGGUUCAAACCCACCAGCUGUUCCAUGGGAGAAAGAUGUGGCAGUCUGCUUCUGUGAAGUCCUGUGGCCAGUUUAACUCUGUCCUAUAGGUUGCUGAGAGUUGGAAUUGACUCGACAGCAACUCAUAAGAGCUGAAUGAACAAGGAAAACUAGUUCUAAGCUUUUAACUUUAUUAAGGAGUGAAUUUUCGGUUCCUAGAAAGACUGUCUUUUUUAUACACAAAUGAAGAAUGAUUCUGGAAAGGGUUCUCCCUCUAAAGCUAGGAAUAUCAUUCCUGGAAAAUGAUAUCCAUUAACUCCUUCCUCUAUUUUUACUUUUUCCAAGUAAUCUACUUUUAACAAAAUGUUAACUUGCUUUUGCAGUUUUUAUUUAUUAAAAAUGUAUCAUUUAUCUGGGCUACUUAUCUGCAUUAGUAGCUAUGUGUAAUUACACAUGAUUUCGUAGCUUUCUGACUUACUUGAGGCCCUAUAUUGUUUCAGAUACUCCAAUGUGAGUUAGACCUAGUUUUCCUGGGUCGCUGGUUUGUGGUCGCCCUGACCAUUCUUGCUGAUUCCUGGGUGCCUUUUGCUCUGGGGUGUUUGUGAGGAGCUGCCGCCCACUGACUGGCAUUGACACUUGACAAGGGUGCUCUGCACGUGGAAGUGCUUAGAUUGACUAGUCUCUGUCCGAAUCAGUUAGGAAAGGGGAGAAACCAUGGUGGAACUUGGAAUUAAACGAAUUUGAAGAAUUCAGGUGAGACUAUGUGGAGAGACUUAAGGAAGAACGGCAAGUUUGGGUGCCUUGGAAUGUAAAACAGGAUUUUCAACCAACUGGAGGCGUUUAGUGGAAGGCAGUUCACAUAUUAUGUCCCUGAGUCUGGGCUAGACAAUCUGUAUGCAUUGUCUUGUUUCUCAACUCUGCUUGAGAGACUUAGAACCUCUUGUUUACUGGUGAGUGGACCCAGAGAGAGGCAGUUUCCAAGCCUGUGCCCUGGCUACAGUACAUCAGGGAAGCACGGUCGUGCCUUGGGCAGAGUGUGACAGAGUCUGCUAGCACUUUAGGGCUGGGGGCUCUAGAAGCAGACUGGUAGGGGGGCAGUUGAAGUCACUGUUCGGGGAGAAGGUAAGUGAGGUGAAGAGUGCAGGCAAGGGAGGAGGAGAGGGAAGCGCCUGCAAAGGGGUCUGAGGAGCAGCCAGAAAUCUAUGUUAGUUUAUUUAUAUCCCACUUCAUUCCAAAAAGAAUUUGAGGCUACAGAAAGUUGAAAGAAGACACACACUAGUCCUCAGGGACAUGAACAGGAGCAGCUCCAAGGGCACAGGAACGGCAGAGGUCAGCUGACAAGGGACUAAAGAAUCAAUGCAAAGGAACCAAGGGGACAGAAUGUGGCCAGUGGUUCCCAGUUUAUGCCCUUAAGUACUUGAUUGUACAAUGAAGUUGUAUGAAGCCAGUAAUAAAAAAAAAUAUAUAUCUCAUGGUUUGCAGCAGUAAACUCACAACAUUUUGAUUUUUGUAUAGUGGCUCUUAAGUUUGAAAUUAAAGCAAAAAAUUCACUUUUUUGCUGAUUGAGUUUAUUUGGUUUCCCUCAAAUUCUGAUUGAUGCAUCUGGUGUUUUUCACUUGGCUCACUUAACAAGCAGACGGCUUCAUUAGGAGAGUUUACAUUUUUGGCACCACUGCUAAUCCUUCGCAACAUUCUGGUUCUCCUGGUCUCCUCCCAGAGCAUGCACAGACAGGUGUUUUCUAUUGCUGAACUGUUCACAUACAUGGGAUUCUUUGAACAAAAUAAAGUGCACAUUUUCUUUGCAAACUCUUGAUCUCAUGCCGUGAUUCUCAUUCUCGGAUCCAUUAGAUCCUGGAGAUUAAAAUUCUGCUGCUGUUUGGUGCCGUUGAGUUGGUUCUGACUCAGCAACCCUGUGUGCAACAGAAAGAAACAAUGCCUGGUCCUGUGCCGUCCUCACAACCCUUGAUAACCUUGAGCCCGUUACUGUAGCCGCUGUGUCAGUUCAUCUCGUUGAGGGUCUUCCUCUUUUUUGCUGACCUUUUACUUUACCAAGCAUGAUGUCCUUCUCCAGGGACUGAUCCGUCCUUAUAACAUGUCCAAUGUACGUGAGAUGAAGUCUCACCAUCCUUGCUUCUGAGGAGAUUCUGGCUGCACUUCUUCCAAAACAGAUUUGUUCGUUCUUCUGGCAGUCCAUGGUAUAUUCAAUAUUUUUUGCCAACAGUACAGUUCAAAGGCAUCCAUUCCCCUUUGGUCUUCUUUACUGUCCAGCUUUUGAAUACAUGUGAGGUGACUGAAAACACCAUGGCUUGGGUCAGGCACACCUUAGUCCUUUGGAAGUGACAUCUUUGCUUUUUAACACUUUAAAGAGGCUUUAAAAAAAAAAAAACACUUUAAGGCUAUAUGUAGCCAGCACCAAUAA